ACGAGGAUGCACAAUUUAAGAAAUGAGAAGCAUCCUUUUUUUUUGUUUUAUCAUACCACUAGAGGUCUCAAUAGGUCUGCUGUGUAUGGGGGAAAGUGUGUAGAAGAAGACGGGAGGUGAAGUGGGAAGUUAGCUUGUGAGAGAGUGAAAGUAAAGCUGAUUAAACGCUGCACAAUCUCUGUUAUUGAGGCAUCAACACAACAACUGAAAUGGCAGAAGCCAGUAUUUCAGUGGAUCAGGACCAGUUCAGCUGUUCAAUCUGUUUGGAUAUACUGAAGGUUCCAGUGGCUAUUCCCUGUGGACACAGUUACUGUAUGAGCUGCAUUACAGACUGCUGGAAUCAAGAUGAUCAAAAGGGAGUGUACAGCUGCCCACAGUGCAGACAGACAUUCACCCAAAGACCUGCUCUGAAUAAAAACACUAUUUUGGCUGAAAUGGUGGAGAAACUGAAGAUAAAGCUCCAAACUGCUGUUCCCGCUCACUGUUUCACUGGAGCUGGAGAUGUGGAGUGUGACGUCUGUUCUGGAGUAAAACAAAAAGCCACCAAAUCCUGUUUGGUGUGUAUAAUCUCUUACUGUCAAAAUCACCUUGAACAACAUGACAAUCUUUUCAAAGGUAAGAAACACAAAUUGAUGGAUGCCACUGGAAACCUUCAUGAGAUGAUCUGCCAUCAACAUGAUAAACUGCUGGAACUUUACUGUCAUAACGAUCAGCAGUGUAUAUGUUACGUGUGUAUGAUGGAAAACCACAAAAGUCAUGACACAGUAUCAGCUGCAGCAGAAAGGACCAAGAAACAGAAACACUUGGGCGAGACAAAGAAAAAAUGCCAGCAGAAAAUACAAGAGAAAGAGGACAAUCUUAAGGAGCUGAGAGCGGCUAUAGAGUAUCAUAAGCGCUCUGCACAGGCAGCAGUGGAGGAGUGCGAGGAGAUCUUUACUGAUCUGAUUCACUCCAUUGAGAGAAGUCGCUCUGAGGUGAUGCAGGUUAUCAGAGCUCGGGAAAAGGCUGUGGUGGGUCAAGCUGAAGGUCUCUUGGUGCAACUGGAGCAGGAGAUUUCUGAUCUGAGGAAGAAAGACACUGAGCUGGAGCAGCUUUCACACAAUGAUGAUCACAUCCAUUUCCUACAGAGUUUCCAGUCUCUGUCUGCCCUUCUUGGAUCUGCUGACAUACCCAGCAUCACUUCCAGCUCUCUCUUGCCUUUUGAUAAUGUGAGAAUGUGUGUCUCUAUGAUCAAAGUACAACUGGAACAUUACUGUACACAAGGGAUUUGUGAGAUUUCCAAAUUAGCAUCAGACAUCCAAAUUAUUCCCACUGAAGAACCCAAGACCAGAAAGGAGUUCCUACAAUAUUCCCGUCAGUUCAACCUGGAUACAAACACAGUGAAUAAACGCCUCCAUCUGUCUGAGGGGAACAGAGUGAUAACGUUCACUGGCAAAGACCAGCAGUAUCCCGAUCAUCCAGACAGAUUUACUGUUUAUGCUCAGGUGUUGUGUAGAGAGAGUGUGAAUGGACGCUGUUACUGGGAGGUUGAGUGGAGUCAUGGUGUGGAUAUAUCAGUAUCAUAUAAGAGCAUUAGCAGGAAUGGGUACUCUAAUGAUUGUGGAUUUGGAUAUAAUAAUCAGUCAUGGACUUUGACCUGCUCAGAGUCAAGUUUCUCAUUCUGGCACAACAGGGAAGAGCUUAAACUCCCUGUUGUCCCAUGUUCCUCUAGAAUAGGGGUGUAUGUGGAUCACAGUACGGGAAUUCUGUCUUACUACAGAAUCUCUGACAUAAUGACCCUCAUCCACAGAGUCCAGACAACAUUUACUCAACCUCUCUAUCCUGGGUUUGUGUUAUAUUCAAAGUCCAAAGUGACACUGCUACCUAUGUAGGCGUUACAGAGAUUUUACAAAUAAUAAAAAGAAUGAUGCAACUUUCACAAGGAUAAUUUGAAUGAAUAUAAUGCACAAUUAUGAGACUUAUUGUAAACUUCAAUGCUUAUAUUUUGUAGACAUAAAGCAAUAGGGACCAAUAGAGAAAUCAGGGUUGUGCAGAAUUCAGAAUUUCAGAAUUAACUUCCCUUUCAAUUCAUGUGUUGGAAUUUCAAUUGGAAUGAUAGGAAGUGGAAUUUACUGAAUUGCAAUCCAUAGAAAUUCAACACAGUCACACUGCAAAAUGUUUAGUUUAAUAUUCAUUUUGUGACAAAUAUAUACUGUAUAUAAUAUAUAUACACUGAUCAGCCACUUGCCAAAUAUUGUGUAGGUCCCCCUCAUGCAGACAAAACAGCACCAACCCACAUCAACAACAAAGUCUACAGUAACUCAGAUAACCGCUCUGUACAAUUGUGCUGAGAAGAAUAUCAUCUCUGUAUGCUAUUCUGACAUGCGGGUUGCCACUGUUUUGGAGGCACGAGGGGGACCUACACAAUAUUUGGUAGGUGGUUUUAAUGUUGUGCCUGAUCGGUGUGUGUGUGUAUAUAUAUAUAUAUAUAUAUAUAUAUAUAUAUAUAUAUAUAUAUAUAUAUAUAUAUAUAUAUUGUUGUUGUUAUAUUAGGGCUGUCGAUUUAACACGUUAAUUCAGUGAUUAAUUUGAUUAAAAAUAACGUGUUAAAAAAAUUAAUGCAAUUAAUCGUAUGCCACCGGACCGUAAUAAGGAAGAUUCCUGAGAAAUGCAAGAUUGUAGUACCACCUGUUUACUCCGGAGGGCAGUAAGUGAAAUUUCAGCUGUGUGAGCAACACACAGUUUAUACAGUGAAGAAAAAACUUCAGCAGACACACACACACAAACAUGUGUUACGUUCUUGCAUUCAAAACACUUGAAGGAGCGCAAAUGCGAUCUAAGAGAUCUCAAGAUGUGUUUAAAGUUUGAGUAUAAAACUAUAUUUAACUUGACACAGUGACCUAAACAUUUUAUGUUUAUGAUGCAACGAUUAAUUAAUCUAGACACCAUGUAAUUAAUUUGAUUAAAAAUUUUAAUCGAUUGA